UUCUAUAGGACAUGCAGGUGACCGGCGUGGAAGAUGACAGCCGCGCCCUGAACAUCACCAUCCACAAGCCUGCGUCCAGCCCCCACUCCAAGCCCUUCCCGAUCCUCCAGGCCACCUUCGUGUUCUCGGACCACAUCCGCUGCAUCAUUGCCAAGCAGCGCCUGGCCAAGGGCCGCAUCCAGGCAAGGCGCAUGAAGAUGCAGAGGAUAGCCGCACCUGCCUUUCCGUUUCUACGACCAGUGCCGCCGGGGCAGCAGCGACCCCACGGUGCAGCGCUCUGUGUUCGCGUCAGUGGACAAGGUGCCAGGCUUUGCCGUGGCCCAGUGCAUAAACCAGCACAGCUUGCCAUCCCUGUCCUCGCCAUCUGCCGGCGGCGGGAGCCCCAGCGGCAGUGCGAGCACCAGCCACUGCGACUCUGGAGGUACCAGCUCAUCAUCCACCCCUUCUGCCACCCAGAGCCCAUCAGUCAGGAAUGGCAGGAAAGGACGCCGGCGAGUGUUCAGCCUGUCGGAGGCCGACAGUCACGGCGGCCACUGGGUUUAGUGCUUCCAACGGCAGCUGACACGGCACCUCCCGCAGGCGACUCAGAUGACCCCGUGACUAUGGAACAGCUUCAGCCUCAUCUUCCCAGCCAGUUGGUGAUCGUCAAUGACAUGGACGCAGAGGCCAGGCCCAGCAAGAACCUGGCAAGGAGCGCAGACGCGGAGACAGUCAACCUGUCCCCCAGCCUCAUCCCCGCCCAGCAGCCCACCAUCUCCCUGCUCUGUGAGGACACUGCCGAUACGCUGAGCGUGGAGUCGCUGACCCUCGUCCCCCCCGUCGACCCCCACAGCCUCCGCACCCUCACCGGCAUCCCCGCACAGCUAGGCGAGGAGGCCGCACACCCGGAGCCCGCAGGCCCCGCCGAGCACUGAGCGGGCGCCGAGUGGCCUCCCUUUGUGUGUGUGGGCCUGCUGGCAGGGACCCAGUACAGUGGACUCAGAGACACAUCGGGAGCACCCACAGUCCCCGCAGCCCCAGGAACCACGGCUGCCAUCUCUUCUCGCGCACCUUUGCUCCGUUUGAAUUCCCCGUUUCACUUUGCACCUCUUAGAGAGCAGGCUGGACCUGGGGGAGACACCCCAGUGAACCCAGAUGACCAGGCAGCUGCCUCGGGGAGGAGGGCGGCCUCCUGGUCUCUGAGCCUGACGACCCUGGGGUGGCAGGACCCCCGCCCCCUCUCUUCAUCAGCCAGCUGCCCUGCUCUGGCAGCUCCUUGGCCACCACGCCCAGUGUGCCCGUAACAACUGGACCAAGUCACUUCGGGUAGAAAUUUGUAGAGAAACAAACUUUGAUAAGCAUCUCCUUUGGAUAUUUAUUUCCGCUUUUGGCAGCAGAUAAAAAGCAUUUAUUUAAAAAGCAUCUAUUUAAAAAAAAAAAAAAGUCCAAAAAAAAGAAUCCUCAGCCCUUAAGGUUUGACGUCAUGUUAAAAGUAUAAUAUUACUGUUGAGAUUUCAUUUUCAUUUUCCCUCGAACUUCCCAGCGUUGUGUUCUAAAGCUCUCGGUCUGGCUUUCCCCAUUUCCUUACUUCUGUAGCACUUGCUAACUCUGCGAGCCUGUGGAAUGAUAAGUACCUUCCUGGAAAGUUUAGCUUAUUUUUUAAACAAAGAUAAGGGAGAUACAUGUAUUCUCAGGUACACCCAGAGCUGAGAGGGCCAAAAGUUUCUCUGUCGUGGUAGCCAAGGCACCUUGCCUUGUUCCCUGAAAAAUCUUCCCAGGAAAGGGGCCGGUGCAGCCAGCUCCCCGCUCAGGACCCAUCUUUCAUCUCUCUGGACUGAAACCAGUCAGGACGGCUUCCCAGCGUCACCUUCAGUUCUUGCCACCUCUCUUUGUCUAGAGAGAACCAUCUGGGACCGCGCAGACCCCGGCCCCGUGGCUGUGAUGGAAAGAGGAGGCCACACAGGCCGUCUUCCACGUGGCCUGUGCCCGACCGCGUGCGUGCAGGCUGCCGUGCGGGGCGACGCCCAAGGGCCAGGUCCCACCCGCCACAGGCGUGUCGACCAGUCGUCCUGGGAGCUCAGGUGUGCCGCUCUCCCUCUCGGCUGCUGCUGCCGAGACACAAGCUGAUUUGUAAAAUGGGAACUCCCCAGUUGCUUCUCGAUUUGAGCCGGCUGCGUGCGGGCCGGUUCUCCGACAUAUCUCAUCGUGCACCUGCGCCGUUCCUGUGUGCGUAGCCAGGCCCAGCCUGGUGACCCUCGCCUCUCCCGGGUCGGCGCCAAGACCUUCCACACUUUCCUCCUCGUGUGCCCUCCCAGAGUGCCAGCACACCUGGGCCCGGGGACGGUCGGCCUGUUCAAGGACCGCAGGCCUCAUGGCCUCCCUCUCACCCUGCGGUGGCAGCAGAACCCGCCAAGGAGGACCGUGGCACCCGUGGGGACGGGGCUCUCCAUCAGCAGAAGCCCUCUGCGCAGCUGUGCCCGCCCCGCUUCAACGGGGAAGAGACCCAGCCCAGAGAAGGAGGCGUGCCGGCAGAAAUUUCAGAGGCCUCAGCAGGAGGGAUGAGCCGUGACCAUUCACAGAGCCCCGCAGCAAGGAGAGGCAGGUGGGCUGGAAGAAGGGGUCAGGCGGUCCCUGACGAGAAAGGGCAUGUCAUCAGCUGCAGAGGUCUGCAGCCAGCCACCCAUCCUACCGGAUCCUUUGCUUGGAUAGAAGAGCAGGCUGGCGCUCUGGUUUUGCAGGGACUCUGGGGCAGCAGAAAUGACGGAAGGCGAGUAACUACCCAGCCCGGUGGCAUUAUUGUAAAGAACAGGCCCCCCUCCAGGACCACCAGCCUGCCCUCUGAAAUCCAGUGGCUCCCAGCGGCUCCAUGGCCACCGAGCACUGAAGGAGUUGGGGACAGCACGGCGGGAGGUCCUGCGGCAGCAUUGCCGAGACCCGGAGGGUGGAGUUGAACAAAACGUGCCACCUGCCAAGGGCAGGCGUGCCCCGGAGGUGGGCUUGCAGUGUGGGUCCUGCAGCUUGCCCCAGCAGGACACCUUUGGGCAUGGGGUGGGGACUUCCUUAACCAGGGGCUCCCUGUCACCUUGCAGGUGAGGAGAAUGCAUGCGUCCUUGUAUGAGAAGGUCUGGGGUCUACAGGAGGCAGCAGCCGUCUUGACUCUGAUGAAGGACCUGCCUUGCUAGGUCUUGACCAUCAUGGUGGCCGUGGGCACGCUGUAUCUUCGGGAGCACCCCGCAAACCUAACAGCAGGGGCUCUCCGAGGCAGGCCAGCCCAGACAGGGUGCGCCAGGACUCUGGGGCCGGGCAAAGAGAGGUAGAGCCGUGAGUCCUUGCAGAGCAGGAGUGGGGACCGUGCCCUCCUGGGCUCAGAUUUCUGGGGCCAAGCUCGGCAAGCCCACGUGGCCUACCGUCUGUCUCCACGUCCCACCCUCCUCAAGUCCAUUGGGCCCAUUGGGUUUGCCAAGUCAGGGGCAGGGUUGGCCACAUGAACCCUCAGACCUCAGCUUUGAACACUGUGUUCAGAUGCAUAUGUCCUUCCAGUCUAGGGGCUCGAGUGAGCGAGGGCACCUUUUGCUGAAGGUCAGACGGGGUGAGGCCGGGAGCUCUCCAGCACUAGCCCCAAAGCCCCAGCAAGCAUGUGGGGCAGAGAUGCCAUCCCAGGGAGGGGCGGGAGGAGGGCGUCCACCACUGCAGGCCUUCCCUGCUCCCUUUCCCUCCACCCAGCCUGUCUGGGGCUCCCUACUCUCUGCAGAAGGCAGCUGCCCCCCACCCCCAGCCCGGGCGGGAGUGAAGAGACCUACCUCGUUAAAGACAUACACUAGAUUUCUCUAAGGUCUCACGAUGCACUGUUAGAAAUAAAGGCACGGCGUGAACUGAUUCUCACCUUCUUCUCUAGAUGCAAUAAAUAAGAAAUACUUAAUGUAGUCAUGUUGACAUUGGGUAUAAACUAUCAGGCUUCCUUAUGUUCGUUCCCCCUGAGGUGAAAAUAGAUAAAUAAUUCUUGUCCCAAGGAGGAGCAGGGGUUGGGAAGCCCUCACGCUUCUGGGCCAAGGGACCAUUCCAGGGAAGUACCCGCUCUUGCCAGCAUGACUCAUGUUCUGUGGGCACUGAACAUGAGGGUGGAAAUGAAAACUGGAACUUCCUGGUAAAUUUGAACUUGGCAAUAAAAGAGAGAAAGUUAC